AGGCCCCUGUAGUUCCUCCGCCUCAAGAGCGAGGAAGCGAUCAGGCAUGCACGCAGCUGCACAAGGACAGCUUGGCCCAUGCCAGCCCAUCUUCCCUGCGGCGGAUGUGGGCUUGGACGCGACAGAGCCUGUUGAGAUUGUGCUGCUGUCGGAGGAUCGGUCACAGCAGGCUGCCCAUAUCCUGCAAGAGCGGGGCCGGAAGUCGCGGCCCAUGCACAAGGCUCGGCAGAUCUUGGCCUGCGGUGACAAGAGCUCAUUGCCUUCUGAGGCCUCUUCCAGGCCGAGCCUCUCAGCAGUGCUGUCGGAGGUUCAGACCCGCCUCAGCCGCAGCAUCGUGCAGCGAGUGCCGCUACUCACCUGGACCCAGCAGAUCACCUGCAAGUCCCUGCGCGCCGACCUGAUCGCCGGCCUCACGGUUGGAGUCAUGGUCAUCCCGCAGAGCAUGUCCUACGCCAACAUUGCAGGACUGCCGUACAUCUACGGCAUGUACGCGGCGUGCGUACCCGCCAUGGUCUACGCCAUCUUCGGCCAGUCGCGGCAACUCGCAGUGGGCCCCGUGGCCAUGGUGUCGCUGCUUAUCAACGCCGGCCUGGAGGGGCAGAUGCAAGGCGUCUGUGAGGGCUGGAAAGCUCAUGCGCACGCGACCGCAGGUGCUUCGGCGGCGAAUGACGAGUACUGCAAGUCCGAGUACAUCAAGAUGGCCAUCUUUACCUCGUUGGUCAUGGGUCUCAUGCAGAUCGUAGCCAUGGUGCUGAGGAUGGGCUUCCUGGUGACCUUCCUGGGACAUCCAGUGACCAGUGGCUUCACCAGCGGCGCGGCCAUCAUUAUCGGCCUGUCCCAGGUGAAGUACAUGGUUGGGGUCCAUUUGCCCAAGUCGCAGUACGUGUACGUCACCGUGUAUGAGCUGGCUGCACAGAUCCAGGACACAAAGUUCAUGACCUUGCUCUUAGGUUCGGCGUGCCUGGUCUUCCUAUUCUGUGCCAAGGAAGUGUCCAGGCGAUAUCCCAGGCUCUCGCUGCUGGGGCCCUUGGCGCCUUUGCUCUGCUGCGCCGCCGGCACCAUUUUGCUGUGGCUUUGCACUCCUUUGCGCGAGACCUACGAGGUGAGCUACGUCGGGGAGAACGGCGGCAUCACGCCCGGCAUCUUCCCGGUGAGUUUGGACGCCUGGGACUUCUCCAACUUCUCCAAGGUGCUCCCGACGGCGCUUUCCUGCUGCCUCAUCGGGUACAUGGAGUCCAUUGCCAUCGGCAAGAACCUGGCGGCAAAGCACGGCUACGAGCUGGAGCCGGGCCAGGAAUUAUUGGCCCUGGGCCUUGCGAACGUGGUGGGAGCCCUGUUUUCCUCUUACCCCGUCACUGGCAGCUUUUCCCGCUCUGCCGUGAACAACGCCACGGGCGCCGUGACGCAGCUGUCGGGCCUCAUCACCGCUUUGGUGAUUGUGUGCACGCUCCUUUUUCUGACUCGCCUCUUCGACUACUUGCCCGACUUUGUGUUGGCCGCCAUCGUGAUCAGUUCUGUGGCGCCGCUGGUGGCGUACCGCGAGGCUGGCAAGCUUUGGCGGGUCAAGAAGCAGGACUUCUUCCUUUGGGUGGCGGCGUUUCUGGGCACGCUCUUUCUGGGAGUCCUGCAAGGCAUCGCGCUGGCAGUUGGUUUGUCCAUGUGCAUCGUCAUCUAUGAGUCGGUACGGCCGCAGAUCACGAUCCUUUGGCGGCUUCCGGGCACGACCAUCUACCGGAAUUUGAAGCAGGAGAGCAGCGGCGCCUUUGUGCCCAACGUCUUCAUCGCACGUAUCGGAAGCUCCAUAUACUUCGCCAAUGCCUUCUUCAUCAAGGACUGGCUCAGGGCGCGGAUCAGCGCGUUGGCGCAGAUCAACCGCACGGAGUACAUCGUGCUGGAGAUGACCGCGGUGGUGAGCGUGGACUCUACGGCGCUCCAUGUGCUGGAGGACCUGGUCUUAGACUUCCGCAGCAAGGGCGUGCAGAUCGCCUUCGCCAUGGUUGGGAACCGCUUGGACAGGACCUUCCGCAAGGCAGGCCUCGCCAAUUUCGUGGGCGAGCGGUGGUUUUUCCCCACGGUCCACGAUGCCGUGGUGGGCUGCCUUCGGCACCAGAAGGCUAAGCGGAAGCUGCUGGCUUCAACCAACCGGGAGCGUGCCAAUAGCGGGCCCACCUGCACGCUCACGCUCACAGACUGCGGCACCUCGGAGGCAAGCAUGGCGGAGGCGACGCUGGAGACCAUGUCGGACUUGGAGAACGGCAUGGAGCUGCCACUCUCUCGAAGCCAGGAGGACCUGCUGGCGAUCGAGGACAACCCUGUGCACAUCGGCAACGAGAUCGGUUCAAGCAAUGAUGUGCACCAUUCCUGCACCGUGAUUUUCAUCAACCUGCUGGAGGAUGUGCCCAUGAUCAUGGGCGACAUCACCGCCAUCUUCCAGCGCCGGGGGCUCACAGUUUGCCGCGCGAACAUCGAGGCCAUGGGCGAUGGCUUGAGCGGGAAGACCAGCCGUCCCCGCCGGGCGGCUCACGUGUACCACAUCCGGUCCCUGCACAGCGGCAAGCUCCAGGAAGACGAGCUGCGAGAGCUGAAGGCGGAGCUCAAGGAGCUGGUGCACCAACGGGUGCACUCGCCACGGCCCAUCUCUUGAGAUGGGCGAAUUCGCGAAUUCAAUCGCCCAAACAUGCGCGGAGCCGACGAAGUCUUUGGGUUAAAAUGGCCAGGCGAGAGUAGAUGAGCGCGUCGACUAAACGCGUGCUCCCGCACAGCCCGGCUGCGCGCGGGGCUUUCGCCUCUAAAGCUUGGGGCAGAGGAACUCCGCGAGAGUCGCGGUGGGUCGAGUGGGCAACGGUCUGUGUCGUCAUGGGCUGUUGAUUUGACCUUUUCUGGGUCCCCCA